AUGGCCACAGUGGCAGCCGACGGCGGGAGGGGCAAGCCGAAGGGGAGCAAGUCGGUGUCGCGGUCGGUGAAGGCGGGCGUGCAGUUCCCGGUGGGCCGCGUCGCCCGGCACCUCAAGGUCGGCCGGUACGUCCAGCGUGUGGGCGCAGGCGCCCCCGUCUACCUCUGCGCCGUCCUCGAGUACCUCGCCGCCGAGGCCCUGGAGCUGGCCGGCAACGCGGCGCGCGACAACAACAAGAAGAUUAGUUCUCGUUGGUUCAUGUAUCGAGGGUGUAUCUGGAUUGAAUGGAAUGCUUGCAAUCUGGUUCAUGUUUUCUGCCUCUGAUUUCUCCAUGGCAACCUGAAUGAAACUGUUUAUUUUUUCUUGCUCUGACAGUAAUUCAUCAAGCCUU